UAUACUUGUCCCUGACCGCGUUUUGCAUGGCUCCAAUUUGAUGGUUUCCCAGGGUUACACACGUUUGUCCCGCGUCUGGCCUCCACGGGCCUGGCUAUGUUUGUCCUGCCGCUGGUGCAGUGACGGGCUGCUGUAUUUAGGGAGCUUCAGGGGAGCAGGGAAGUAAUACGGUAGCCACAAUGCCUGGAAGUGAGAGCAUCCAGCUAGAUUUCCCCCAUUACAGCUCUACACUACUAGACACCUUGAACAAACAACGAUUGGAGGGAAAGUUCUGUGAUUUGUCAGUUCAGGUUCAAAGCAGAGUUUUUCGAGCCCAUAAAACAGUUUUAGCAGCUUCCUCUCCAUAUUUUCAUGACAAGCUUCUUCUAAAUGACACAAGUUGCUUAGUUCUUCCAAAUGUCAUCCAGCCUGAUGCCUUUGAGAACCUUUUGCAGCUCAUUUACUCUGGUCGGCUAUGCUUGGAAAUGGAGACUUUGCCUUCCCAUCUUCUAGUGGCCAGUGGCUUGCAAAUGUGGCAGGUUGUAGAUCGAUGUUCUGAGCUGCUAAAAGAGAGAGAAAUGCAUCAUCCCCAGGCUUGGUCUAGCCGUGCAAGUGAGAGUCAGUCACCCAGUAGCAGUUUUCAGCCCCCACGCGAUGAUCCCCCACCUCCAUCAGUCUCUUUGCCAGUUUCUCUUGGCUGCUCUGAUGAUGAAGAAGUGAUAAAGGUACGUGUGUCAGAAGAGGAGGAGGAAGAAGAAGACGAUGCUCAGAAUGGAGCCAAUCUUUUGGAAGAGGCUGUUUCAGCUAAUUGCUCUUAUGCCCUUCCUUCCUCCUCAUCCCCAGCAAGUCCAAAAGUUUAUUAUAUUAAACAAGAGCGGCCAGACCAAGAUAGUGGUUACUUAAAGACAUUUGGCAUGACAGAGAUUCAGGCUGAUUAUCCCUCAGAACUGAGCUUUGUUCUUCCUCCUACAUCAUCAUCAUCUUCUGAUGUUUCUCUCUGCUUGCCUCGUAAAAUACAUGAUGUGUCAGAUUCCCAGUCCUUUACUCUGUCAAAACCUGUGGACCUUCAUGGUAAUGAGAUAAUUUCCCAUGCCCUUCAAGCCCAAACUAUUCAUGCUCCACUUAAGCUUGUUGCAGCUCCUGAUGGGAAAAAGUUUGGUUGCUUGUGUGGCAAACGCUUUGCAGUGAAGCCCAAGCGGGACCGGCACAUCAUGCUAACCUUUAGUCUUAGACCCUUUGGCUGUUCUGUCUGCAACAAGAAGUUCAAACUUAAGCACCAUCUUACUGAGCACAUGAAGACUCACGGAGGAAAUCUGUAUUCAUGUGAAGACUGUGGUCGUAAAUUUAGGGUACAGAGCUGUUUCCAGAAACACAAGGAGGUGUGUAAAGGACAGAGGUGGGCAGGGGCAUGUUGGACCUAUAAAUAACGUUCAUUUCUUUUGGACCCUUAUGAAUUGUAGUCUAAGUCAUCUAAAGCAAACAGUAUAUGCUGGAUUUUACUGCAUUGAAAUGAAUAUGGAGGAGCAUGCAGUAGCUAGUGAUCUGCCCACCAAAACCUAUUAACUUUUUCAGCCUUUAUUACAAGGAAAUUCUGACUCCACAACAUUUCUCCUUUUGCAACAUUUUGAGCUGCUUCUUAAAACCCAAAGGCCAUGCAUGAGAACUGUCUAGCAGAGUCUGAGCAGUUCAGAUCCUGGAUGAUAACAGUUUGCCAAAACUGGGUGAUAUAUUCACCAGCACCGCUAUAUUGAUAGCAAAGUUACUGUUAUGUAUAAAAAAAGGAGUCUUUGGGUAAACUGUCUGAAGCUGCAUUUCGGCACUGUUGGUAAUUAUCAGACAUAAGUUAAACCUCAGCUUACUGAUGGGACUGCACUGUUGCAUUGCUGUUUUAAUGGACUCCUUCACAUCUAACCUACGUUUUCCAUAGGAAAAUAUAUGGACCAUAUUAGCUCGCUCCUCCUUGUCAAGGUUAUUGCAGUAGCCGCAGGCAUUGAUUGGUUACAGUUUAAGUGACAUUUGCACGAUACAUGUAGGCAGAAAAGCAUGACCAUCUGAAGUUAGUAUGUAAAUAACUUUUACAUAUCUACAAUCAUGUAUGUUGUGAGUAUAUCAUUCUUUACAUGUAUAAAGGCUUGUCAUACGAAUCAUAGUUAGCUAGAAGCACUGAAUGUCUGAAACAGUACAAAUGUUUGUUUCUGUCACUUUGUGGGGGAGUAGUCAUUUUAUGGUGUAGGUACGGGAAGAAGCUUCUUGUUACUAGACAGUAGACCAAUAACUGUGAUGAACAGUGUCUCUGUGGGGACUACCUAAAUCUGAUAUUAAAGCAAUAUUUCUUACUGUAAACAAGUAUAGUUUGUGUCAGGAACCUAAAGAACUCCUUUAGCGUGUUUCUCUGUAGUGCUAGGUAUUGGCAAGUGAGGCCAAGCUCUGAUUUCAGAUGAACAGUCAUACUGAUUUCUAUUGGUGGGAAGAUCAGUAGUUCCUUACUUUAAACUUAUAAAGUAAUGCUGGUAGAGUAAAUCUAUGAGAGCGAAUAGCACAUACAUAAGUGAUUAGGCAUAACCGUUUAUGCGUCGGUAACUAAACCAGACCUUAGUAGCACCACCAGUGAUCUUUAAUAAUAUAGCACAAUAAUAAUUGGUGAUAUUGUAUGAUACAGAUACUUUUAGCAAUACAAAUACCAGUGCAGUUCUGCAUUCAGGUUGCUGAGACUGUGUCCCUGGGGAAUCAGUGCAGUAUGCCAGUAUGUUAGUGCCUUCUGGCUAGGCAUACGUAGGGUGCUCUUAAUGCUAGCAUGAACACUGCUUGUGCCCUCUGUUAUUUGAAAAAGUAAAACCUUGUUUUCAGCAAAUAGCAAAGAGAGAAAUCUGUGCCAAGUCCCAUUUUCCCAAAGGACUAACCAAAGUAAGCAAAUCUGUAGUACUUAAAAAAAAUGUAUCUUUGUAUUUAGCCAACUGAAAUAUUAAUAUAUGAAUGUAUAUUUACAUCUCUAUUGUAGGACAUCCUUAGCACAUAUAGAAGUGUUAAAGACACUAUCUAUUCUGCUUUGGGUUAUUUUAGCCAAUAUUCUGUUUGGCUGUAAAAAAAAAAAAGUUUUUUUUUAACCAGAAGUCCCGCUUUUUAUUUAGGUGUUUAGUAUCAACUCUGCUGUGUUCAGCCAUGUUUUAUCUGUAAUCUUAACAAGGCCCCACUCUCAAAUCCUUGCAGUAAGAAACUAAACAUAUUGGUAAAUAAAAGAAUGCUUCCUUUAUAUAAUGCAUAUAAUGUUAUAGAUGACAUAAUAACAUUUCUAAAUGCGUUAUGGAAGCUUCAUUUCCUGGUGUUACUGGUCUCUUUGUAAAUUGUAAGCCUAUUUUAACCAAAUAGUUUAACUUUUUGUCUAUGUAUGACCUACAGUGACCAACAAUAUUGGAUGAUUUCUCCCAGAAUAGACUGCACCUUCAGCCAAAAUUGAAAACAAGUUUAGGAGGUCUAUGGGAUUAUCCAUAGGUGCGUCCAAAGUUUACAGCAUAUGCGUAUAUAGUGCUGAACAUAUAUGUAUAGCUUCGAUGGCUAUACGUAUAAGGCACUGGCUAUGGCAUACUGCAAGCCAUAAUCCAUCUGGGAAUCCACAUAAGGCACUCAAAGCCCCGAAUAAAGGAAACAUAGACAUAAUUGCAGGAAGAUAAAAAAUAAAAAGCUUUACACAUUCUGUUCCUUGGGGCACUUAAUCAUACAUAGGCUACUGCAUUUGUGCCUCACUUAGUAUUAGGACAAAUUGACAGACACUUGUCUGUAGUUCUACUUUCCUUUUAACCUCUGCUGAAAGGCUGUCUGAAGGCCCAUUGACUGGAUAUUCUUGUAAGAGAAAUAGAAGAACUGGUUCAUUGGGUAACCCUUAUUAAUCACAGUCCUACUAUGAUAAUCAUUUGUCAGCAGUUGUCAAAUGCCCCCCUAAGUGGUUGAUAGCAGUAUCAGUCCAAUGAUGCCUAUCAUCCUGUUCCUCUAGUCUGAUUGAAGACAUAUGCAUCUUAAACUCUCUCUGGAAUAAAAAAAAUAAAAAACGA